GACGAUGCCCAUAUUUCAUUGGGGCUUUUACUAUAUUCGAUGAUGAUCCUUUCAGACUAUCUUUCUUCUAUUUGUUCGAAGAGAAUUGAAGAUGAUUCUUCUAGUCUAGAUGGCAUAAGGUCAAAAAUAGAACUUCAAAUGAAGCAAGCUAUUUCUCGCUGGAAAUGGAAUAGUAUAUCAAGUACUCAGAAACAGUUGUCAAGUUUCUUACGAGCUUGUGAUGGUUUAUGGAGUGAUAGAUACGGUGAGAAUCAUAGUUGGAGUGGAAACUUAUGUAAUGUCCAAGAUAACCACCCAACUCGUGAUAGUCGGUCAUCCAAUGGUGUUGGUCAACCUUGGAGUUUUACUUUUGAAGAACAUUGUUGGUUAAGGGUUCUUUCAGUAAAAUCUGCCGGUGCAUCUCGUUUAUUUGUUUUGGUUGAAAUGCCAAGGAAACUAUUUGUUACAUCGGACAUAUUACAUUGGCGAUAUCAUGAUAAGAGAAAAAUCUUUUUAGCCGUAUUAGGUUGGUGUUUAGCCCAAAGUGGUCACUUUGUCGAAAUAGUUCCUUGGGCAGUUGGAAAGCCAUUGUUGCGGUUCCGUUUGGACAAAACAUUCGAUAUCUUUUUGUUUCCUUGUGCACCCAAAGAUGUUUUCCAACCAGAAAAAAUAUUCAAGAAGAAGACUUUGGCAUGGAAUGGCCAUUCUGACUAUUAUUAUAGGACGACUCUUUUGGAGGAUGUAUUGCUGGAACCCACUUUUCAACAAGUUAUAAAAGCUGAAGAGAAUUUUUCAGAAUGGAAACAAGUUAUCCAUUUUUUUCAAAAUUGGUAUUCGACUUGGCAUAAGAGAAAUAAUCUAUUUGUGCAAUCAGAAGAUAUUUUCCUAAUGAGUGUAUGGUUUAUGAUUGAUUCCAUUGUGACGAAAGAUAUGCAUUGGAAACGCCUCGAUCACAUACAUCUUUUGGAAUAUUGCUUUCAAAUAUUGAAUUGUCAAGUGAAAGAUAUUCUGCAAGGCGAACGUCAAUCCCUGUUGCCAUUAGUAUAUCUUUGUCCUUUUAUGGACUUGAUUCCCCUUUCUAGUCUUCCAAAAGACUGUACAGUAUACGGUGAUUUGUAUUCAUUAUGGAAAAGUAUUCAAUAUACUAUUCGUAGCUUUGAUAUGUCUACUUGUUUAAAAAGUCAAUGGAUAACUAUGGGAGAUUGGAUGUUGUGUACUGCAUUUCCUGGAGAACUUCAUGAAGACUCAGAUCAUUCCUUAGUAGGACUAUGGGAUACGUUUCUAUCGAUAGAAUUUUCUGUACCAAAGGAAUGGAAAAUGUUGGAGUUGAUAUCAUUCCUUGCCAAAUGUUAUUGGAUACUCUAUCAAGCAUUGUGGAAACGUUGCGUGUAUCUUUCAGUUGUCCAAAUAUCGAUUCAAGGUUCAUCGGGUUGUUUUGUAGUUGGUUGUCGAUUGACUCCCAAAGAUGCUUUUGCAAUGGUAGAAAAAGCAACCAACCAACAAGAAAAGGAACAUUUCCUCACAUUUUGGAAAGAAAAGUGUGAGUUGCGUCGUUAUCGUGAUGGAAAUGUAUGCGAAUCACUUGUGUGGAAACAACAACAAGAAGAAGAGACCGAUGUUCCUUUGCAAUCUCUGUUUCAUCGUAUUUGUCAUUAUGCGCUUUCUAGACAAAUGCCUUGGGUCAAAGGGGAACAGAUACAAAUAUUUUGUGACUUGUUGGAAUCUUUAUUACCGUCUCCAUCAUACGACCAAUCUUUUUCUUCCCUUCCUUGGGUCGCUGGAUUUGAAAGACUGGUCAAUAGGUUACGGAAAUUGGAAGAAUUACCUUUUGGUAUACACAAUAUUUGUGUUGUUGGUGAUAUGUUUCGAGGAACGAGUGUUAUUUUACCCGAUGUUUGGCAGAAUCAGGCCAUCUUUCAGCACGUCGAUGCUCCCAAAGCAAUGAUAGUUGUUGAAAAUAAUAUACAGUGGCCAAUAAUGGAUGACCGAGAAGCACAACAGAUGAUGCGGAUAGGAUAUUACUUAGCAUUGAAGAAGUGUUUACAAGAUCAAGGUAUUGAGUCAUGUGUUGAUGAACGAGGUUUGGAUGUUGUGUUUGAAGACUAUAUUUAUCGUUUCGAAAUAUGGAUGCUUCAAGAAUAUCAACAGGCAUUGACAAAUGAACAUAGAGAAACUGUGGUUGCCAUACAAUUGCAUUAUCAUCUCAAAUAUAUGACGGAAAAGGAUACCUUCCAACAAAGUUUUGCAGAUGCUUGUCGAUUGGCAAAGAGAUGGUUGAGUUGUCACAUGUUUUCUGAUUAUUUUGCAGAUGAAAUGGUUGAGUUAUUAGUAGCUCGAGCCUAUAUACAUGAAAUGGGUUCACUCGAUGGGGAUAUUCCUUGUACAGGAUUCUCUGGAUUUUAUCAUUUUUUGUAUGUGUUGUCAUUAUUUGCUAAUCAAAAAUCGACUAUUGUGGUGCCUGUUCCUGAUCAUGAUGAAUUGGAAGAUGUCCAUUCUGUAUUUCCUUUUAUCGAAGAUUCCAAUCAAGUAUCUAACAUUUAUAUACAACAACAAGCUCAUUCUUUUUAUUGGAUGCUUCACAAUCGCUUUUUGUUUCCACUUUAUCGUAGUGCUCAAGGUAUUCCGGAGUGGCCAGUAUUGAAGAGAAUAGGACAAGUAGCCAAAGCUACUUGCAAAGCUUUGGAACAAAGAAUCAUAUCACCAGACAAAUGGAAUAUGGAUGGGUUGAAGAUUGUAUUUCGUCCCGAUGUAUCUGUUUAUGAUGCGGUUAUUGUGAUGCAUAAAAAAUAUUUAUCACGAGUAGAGAGGUAUUCUUUGGACAGUUGUAAAAAGAAAUAUCCAUCAGCAAAGAGCAUUCCUUUGGAUGCUUUGUAUGUGAACUUGGAUCCUUUGGAAUAUUUUGUACAACAACUGAGAGAGAAAUUCGGAACUUUUGCUUUGUUCUUUUAUGAUAAGUAUGGAGGUUAUCAAAUUGGCUUAUUAUGGAGACCGGUCAAGAGAACAUUUUCGUUAAGUCAUAUGCCUUUUAUGAAACCAGAAAAAGGACAAUGGCAAGUCAACUAUGAUGAAAUAUUAUACGAUAUCAAACAAAUGGGGGGUCCAUGGAUCAAACAAAUAAAACAAGACAAACCGCAUUAAUCGUCGAAUGGAUUGGUAGACUUGCGACUAUUUCUAGAAGACAUAUCAGCACUAUGGGUUGUUGAUGAUUGUUGUUGUGAUGGAAAACUAUCCGUUGGUGAUGAUGAUAUGGUAGAUGCUGUUUCCAAGGUAUCCAAACAUUGCUUCUGAGUAAGUUGCGUCAUGGAAUAAAUUUCUUGGCAAGUUUCUCGUAUCCAUUCCAAAUAGGAACGUACUGCUUCCAU